AUGGUUUCAAAAAGUGGAAACGAAGGUUUGGAGCGUGAAAUACUUCCAGGCAAUGUAGUUCCUUUGCAUUAUGAUUUGCGUAUGGAGCCUAACUUUGAGAAGUUUACAUUUGAGGGGCAGGUUGGUAUAGACUUGAAGGUUGUUGAUGAAAGUGUCCAUUCUGUUGAAUUGAAUAACACUGAUCUAGAGAUUCAUGAGGCGACAAUUGGUGAUACAGCAGCUUCGUUUAUUGAGUAUAACGAAGAUUUACAGCGGGCGAAAUUUACGUUUUCUGAGAAGGUUUUUAAAGGUAAGGGAAACGUGCGGUUGGAGCUCAAGUUCAGUGGGCAUUUGAAUGAUAACAUGGCCGGUUUUUACAGGGCCAAGUAUGAGGAUAAGCUUACUGGAGAGACGAAGUAUAUGGCAACGACCCAGAUGGAGCCUACUGACGCGCGUCGUGCUUUCCCUUGUUUUGACGAGCCUAACUUGAAGGCCACUUUCGCUAUAACCCUUGUUUCCGAUCCGGUGUAUACUCAUUUGUCGAAUAUGGAUGUGAAGAAGGAAGAAAUAUGUGAAGAAAGCAAGAAGAAAUGGACGUUCUUUAACACAACCCCUCUUAUGUCCACGUACUUGGUUGCUUUUAUUGUUUCUGAGUUGAGGUAUGUUGAAAACAAUGACUUCAGAAUUCCUAUCCGUGUGUAUGCCACACCUGGUAACGAGCACGACGGCCAAUAUGCUGCAGACUUGACGGCCAGGACGUUGAAGUUCUUUGAGGACUCGUUUGGUAUUAAGUAUCCAUUGCCUAAGUUAGACAACGUAGCUGUGCAUGAGUUCAGCGCGGGUGCUAUGGAAAACUGGGGGUUGGUUACUUACCGUGUUGUGGACUUGCUUUUAGACACUGAAAACUCGACUUUGAGUCGUAUCCAAAGAGUCGCAGAGGUCGUGCAGCACGAGUUAGCGCACCAAUGGUUUGGCAACUUGGUAACCAUGGACUGGUGGGAAGGUUUAUGGUUAAACGAAGGUUUUGCGACUUGGAUGUCGUGGUAUUCUUGUAACGAAUUCGAACCGGGAUGGAAGGUUUGGGAAGAGUAUAUCCCAGACACCUUGCAGAGUGCCUUGGCUUUAGACGCUUUACGUUCCUCCCAUCCAAUUGAAGUUCCUGUUAAAAAGGCGGACGAGAUCAAUCAGAUUUUUGAUGCUAUUUCUUACUCUAAAGGUUCUUCCUUGUUAAGAAUGAUUUCAAAGUGGUUAGGAGAGGAGGUCUUUGUCAAAGGGGUUUCUAAUUAUUUGAAUAAGUUUAAGUAUCGUAAUGCCAAGACUAGUGAUUUGUGGGAUUCCUUGUCUGAGGCAUCUGGGAAAGACGUUCGCAAUGUUAUGGACAUCUGGACCAAGAAAGUCGGAUUUCCUGUUAUCAUUGUUGAAGAGCUACCCGACGGUAAAGUUAAAUUCACACAACACCGGUACUUGUCUACAGGUGAUGUAAAGCCUGAAGAAGACGAAGUAUUGUAUCCAGUUUUCUUAUCCUUAAAGACAAAGGAUGGUGUGGACAAUAAUUUGGUUUUGAAUGAGAGAUCUAUUACUAUUGAACUGAAGGACACAGAAUUUUUCAAGGUCAACACAGACCAAGCAGGUAACUACAUUACUGCUUACCACGAUGAUAGAUGGAAAACUUUAUCCACGCAGGCUAACUUGUUGUCUGUUGAAGAUCGUACUGGUUUAGUUGCCGAUGUAAAGUCAUUGGCUUCUUCCGGAUACACUUCCACAGCUAGCCUACUAGAUUUGGUCACAGAGUGGAAGAAUGAAACCUCUUUUGUUGUCUGGUCUCAAAUGAUCUCCAGUUUAUCAUCUUUGAAGUCUGCAUGGCUCUUUGAACCGGAUGAAACCAAUGAUGCUAUUGACCAAUUCUGCAGAGAACUAGUCGGACCAAAAGCCACUUCUUUGAGUUGGUCUUUUUCAGAUGAUGAGUCCUUUGCUUCUCAGCGUUUGAAAAUAGAGUUGUUCUCAGCUGCAUGCUCAUAUAAGGUCCCCGAGGUUUACAAUGCUGCUAUUGAGAUGUUUGACAGUUAUAUUGCUGGUGAUAAGAAGGCUAUCCAUCCUUUAAUCAAACCAACAGUUUUCAAUGCUGUGUCCAAGAAGGGGACCGAAGCCUAUUAUGAACAGCUUUACAAACUCUACUUGAAUCCUGGUUCUAGUGAUGAGAAAUUGUCUGCACUGCGUGCCUUGGGUAAGUUCGAUGACCCUAAGUUAAUUCAAAGGACUUUGGGAUAUUUAUUGGACGGAACUGUCUUGACCCAAGAUAUUUAUGUUCCUAUUCAGGGACUACGUACUCACAAAAAGGGUGCUCUUGCCGUGUGGAGCUGGUUACAAGAAAACUGGGAUGAAGUGUCCAAAAAAUUGCCUCCUGGACUUUCUAUGCUAGGUUCUGUGGUUUCAAUGUCCACAAACGGCUUUACCUCACUAGACAAGGUGAAAGAUAUUAAGGUAUUCUUCGCUAACAAGUCCACUAAAGGUUUUGAUCAAAGCUUGGCUCAGUCAUUUGAUAGUAUCACUACUAAAUAUAACUGGGUCAGCAGAGAACGUGAAACUGUUUCCAAAUAUUUGAAAGACCAUGGUUAUUUAAAGGAUUCUAAAUUGUAA